AUCGAUGUGUGAUAAGUAUAAAAACAAAGUAUAAAUAAUAAGCCAUAUAAAUUGCAUAAAAUUGUUCAUAUUUUUUUUAUGUAUAUAUACAUAUAUAUAUACGCAUGUAUGCACGUGCUUCGCACCGAGCUUGAUACCAACAUGGCCUAACCAUAUCUGAUUCUAUAAAACACAUGAUAUGUGUCAGUUCGACUACGUGAAAUUAUGGCCGUGUUUCAAUAUUAUUGCCAGUACUAAAAAUCUAUAAUGUGCGUGAUGUGAACUAUAGAUUUUCAAUACUGUAUAGUAAUAUCAGAAUACGACCGAUAUUGUUCAUUUUCUACUACUUGGUUUUAGAUACAGAAAGUUGUGUAAAAUAACCUAAAACAUGGUUCGCUUCAAAAAUAGGUACAUUGUUCUCGAGAUUACACCACAUAACAACGAUGAUAAGCAAUUGAUGUUGAAAAAUACUGCUCUCUCUCAUGCAGUUCAACAAAAGAUUCAACAGUUGUAUGGUGAUUUUGGAGUGGCAGCGAUAAAAGAUGGUUUUGAUGCUAAAUAUUGCAAUUCAUAUACGAAAAUAGCACUGGUAAAGAUUAGACAUGGGCCUCACAAAUUCGUACUGCGGGCUAUCCCAUUAAUAAAUGAUGUAGGUGGGCGGUUAGUUAAAACAAGUAUUCUAUAUGUUGGGGCAACUAUGAAACAUUGUUUUCUUUUUAUCAGAAAACAUCAAGAAAAAAAGUUGGAACAAAUAUGGUCAAAAUUACGAACAGAAACUGAAAGAAAGGAAAUGGAGACGAUUUUGACGACCUUGACACCUGCUAUGAAAGAUUUUAAGUAAAAAUUCUUUUUCCGAGACGGUCUCCAAUAAAGACUUCGUUAUCUGCAGCAGAUAUCUUUUCUGAUUAUCGGCAACAGGGAUCAUUGCUGUCUCUCACCAGUUGUCGCUGUUCAUUGCUGGCUGGAAACCACUGGAAACUUGGAAACCUCUUUCAGUCAAAGAGAAGGCUUCACUGUGCCUAUCUUCAGACCGCUACCAUCGCGGCAUCGGGCAUUCCGCUAUCCCGUGUCCCGCGUUAUUCCGCUUCCGCCGUUUAUAGUCAUCGGUCGUGCAUUUACCGCUCGUUCGGAUUAAUUCGGAUCAUAUCGUACCAUUCGGAGGAGCAGCUGAUGGCAUCCUGCUCGGCUUCAGCAUUUCGCGAAUCCAGAAAUUCGUACGUGUGCGCGCGAUCUAGAUAAAAAAAAAAAACAAGAGAAAAACAAA